AUGAUCUCAUUGGAAGACCACUCGAACGACUUGUUCGCUACGCCCGGACACGGCUCGAUCUCAUCAAUUGGCGAGCGGAAGGACUCAACCGCUUCAGGCCCUCAUAGUACCACUUAUACCAUGGUUGACCCUUCACAGCAUAAUAGACGGCGCAGCAUGGACGGGUCUGAUGAUGGAAGCCAGGAAAGCGUCCAUGUUGGCACCAAUUCUUUGGAAGACAAUAUGUCGGAUGAGUUCGGGUUAGCGACGGGUGGGCCUGGCGACGGUACCGAUUUGGGAGGGAAGCUGAAGGAAAACAAAUCCGAUCCCGCACCAGCUUGGAGCGAACUAAAGACGAAGGCAGGGAAGGAGAGAAAAAGAUUACCCCUGGCAUGUAUUGCAUGCCGGAGAAAAAAGAUACGUUGUUCGGGAGAGAAGCCGGCUUGUAAGCAUUGUCUUCGGUCCCGGAUCCCUUGUGUGUACAAGGUCACUACGCGGAAGGCGGCCCCGAGGACCGACUACAUGGCUAUGUUAGACAAACGACUAAAGAGGAUGGAGGACCGGAUUAUCAAGCUUGUACCUAAAUCAGAGCAGGACACAUCCACCAAUAACGUUGUCCGGGGCGUGGUAAAACCCGCUAUCCCCGGAACCCUUCCCACAGGGAAGCAAGCAACAAAGAAGCGAGGCGCAGAGGAGGCAUUUGGUGCGGAACUCGAUCAUUGGGCUAGAAAUGGCCCUAAGACUAGGCUGGAGGGUUCCAGUAAGCCCACGUCGUUGCAAGUGCAAGAAGCAGAGGAAAGCAAACUGCUAUACGAAGGCGCUGAGGCUUUACCACCGAAAGAUCUACAGGAACAUCUCGCAGACGUAUACUUCGAAAAUAUUUAUGGCCAAGCAUACCACCUCCUCCACAAACCAAGCUUCAUGAGAAAACUUAAAGCUGGAACCUUACCUCCAGUUCUAGUGCUUUCCGUUUGUGCAAUUUCCGCCCGCUUUUCGACUCACCCAAAGUUCGCGAUAACGAACAAUUUUCUCCGAGGAGAAGAAUGGGCAGCUCCAGCUCGAGAUAUCGUAACGAGGCGCUACGAAUGGCCCAAUAUUACGAUUCUAACAUGUCUACUGCUGCUCGGCUUGCACGAAUUUGGUACGUGUCACGGAGGUAGGAGUUGGGCGUUGGGUGGUCAGGCCACUCGAAUGGCGUUUGCAUUACAAUUGCAUAAGGACUUGGAGUAUGAUCCCAUGCGGCUGAAUCCGACGAAGCAGCUUAGCUUCAUCGAUCGCGAAAUUCGAAGGCGAACGAUGUGGGCUUGUUUCCUGAUGGAUCGUUUCAAUUCUUCGGGAACGGAUCGCCCUAUGUUCAUAAAAGAAGAAACGGUCAAGAUCCAAUUACCAAUUAAAGAAAAACUCUUCCAACUUGAUAUGCCAGGACCUACUGAAGAUCUGCAAGGACAAGUUCCUCACCCGGUACCGAUGGAUGAGGGACAGCUCUCCGAUGCGAAAGAUAACAUGGGCGUGGCAGCAUACAUGGUUCGCGCCAUUGCCCUAUGGGGGAGAAUAAUAAAUUUCUUAAACCAAGGGGGAAUGGACUCAGACGAGCAUUCGAUGUGGGAGGGUGACUCCGAAUAUGCCGUGCUGCUUAAACAAGCAGAAGAUUUUGCUGAAAACCUACCAGAUGGAUUGAAAUAUAGUGCCGAGAACCUCCAUCUGCACCAAACAGAAGGGAUGGCCAAUCAGUUUUUAUUUUUACAUAUCUCGAUCCAGCAAAAUGUCCUAUUCAUGAACCGAUUCGCGGUGUCUUCGCCAGCCGGGUUAUCGAAAGCAGACGUCCCUAAUACCUUCAUUACACAGACGGGAUCAAAAGCGUUUGCUGCUGCUAAUAGAAUAUCCGAGCUGCUGAAGGAUGCGGAGCACUACAUGAUCGCGGCGCCUUUCGUCGGCUACUGCGCAUUCCUGUCGAGUACCGUUCAUAUAUUCGGAAUUUUCUCGGGCAACUCUACCGUAGAGACAGCCGCAAAGAAGAACCUGGCUAUAAAUGUUAAGUUCCUCUCGAAGAUGAAGCGUUAUUGGGGCAUGUUCCACUUUAUGGCAGAGAAUCUACGCGAGCAGUAUAAGACAUGCGCUGAUGCUGCGCGCCAAGGUACUCCGGCGGGCGAUAACUCAGCAGCCUCGCCUAUAUUCCAGUAUGGAGAUUGGUUCGAUCGGUACCCACACGGCGUGUCGCAGCCAGAAUUCGUUGAACCGGCUUCCUUCAAAAAGAAGGAAACUGGCGAGGAUGCAGUGCUCGAGCAGAAACCAGAACUUCACACGGUUGAAGAAUUCUUCACGCAGCUCUCACCGCCGCAAAGUACGGGCGAGGGACGUGAGAAUGCUGGAUCUAGCAGACCACCUUUAAUGAAACGGAAGUCGAUAGCAAAGAAGGGCAGCAUCUCUUCGCGUGGUGAACAGCAACAACUGGAACCCCUUCUUACCGAUCUCAACGGCGCUAGUAUACCCGAACAAAUCCAGCGCAUCCAGCAUGCGCAACAGCAGAGAGCGCAGGCACAACGCAACUAUUCUCGUCUAGGCGGGCAAACUAGUGGGCCGACCUCUUUCAACUCUAACCUCGCACACGCACGCUUACAAAAUGCAGCAGCGAACUACCACGCCCUAUCGCCGAUUAGCCCUGUCACCGUUGGCGGGUUCCAGCACGGCCACGGACACGGACACCAACAUCCCGCCUUCUAUAACCAGGACUUACUUUCGCUGUCCCUCUCAAACAAUGCUGCGGGAAUACUGCCGCAGCUGGAUCGCCAGCUCGUAUUCAACGCAUAUGGCAACUUAGAUCCUUCAACGAUUAGCGGUCCUGAGGCUAUUAUGGACUGGGACGCGUUGGCUGGUAACGGAAGUAACUCAAGUAGAGGACAUAACGCGAACGGAUCCAAUGCUGGCUCUGGUGACGGGCCAAGUAAUCAUCAUGAUAGCUUGCCUGGCGGGUUUGUUUCCGAACCAUCUUCUGCAUGGUUUAUGCCAUUCAACAUGGAGCCGCCAGAACUGGGCCAAGAUCUAGGCGGUAUGGGCGGUGUUGAUGGGUUUGGGCUCUUCAGCCCUGGCGUGCAUACUCCCGGUGCUGGAUUAGGCCUCCGGAGGGGGGGCCGAUAA